AGAGCGACUACAGUAGCUCAUCAGACGGUCUUCUGUAUGGGGGAGAGGAGGGAUUUAUGGGGACGGAGGGGAGGAAACGUGCGGAGGUACAGAGGGAGAGUACCAUGCAGCUGGAGGAGAGGGUGAGGAAAAUGGCGGAGGUCAAGGGCAUGAGGAUGCUAGAAGACGAGCCGAGAUGGCGGGAGAUGGUGCGUCAAAAGAUGGAGUCAGACUUGAGUCGAAGAGUCAGAGAAGCUUUGGAGACGCCGCCCCUGGAAAGAAUGCAGAAACGCAACCAGCAGGCCAAACAGAAAGAGAUUGAAGAUCUGAACGCACAUCUGAUGAUCGACCUCACGGAGAAGGAACGAGACUAUCUCAGAACCAAAAGGUGGAAAGCUCUGCAGCUGAAAAAACAGGAAUCCGCGGAAAUGUCUUUUACAUCGCAGCGAAACAAACCGAUGGACCUUUUGUUUCGUGAUGAACUUUCAAGGUCAAAUUACGACGAGUACCCAGGUGUUUUGGGGCUGGACAACUUAUCCGAGGGCAUCAAAAAUAUCCGAGACGAUUACAGCGUCUCAGUCAGCCGAUACAUGGGAGCCAAACCAAAAGCCCGCCACUUCUACACCAAGGAGGGCUUCAGGAAAGCCGUCAAGUCUGGUCACGUGCCGCCCGGCAUCCAGUUUCUGGACGAGGCUGGGACCUACAUGGACAAAUAUGGCGUCGUCAGAAACAACGACGGUCCAUUUUGGCCAGUAGAGUGUCUCCCCCUGUUUCCCACCCCGACCUUCAAAUGGUGGACUGACCUUUCACCCGAGCCCCUGUACACACAGUUGCCAGAAAACAGCCGAACGAUAGACACCCAGACAAGCUACAGAGGAAAAUGGCGGGGAACGCAGGUGGCGUUCGAUUCAGAGAGGAGCGCACGUGACUACAUCCUACUUCCGGUGCCAGAGGGAUGCUGCCCUACGUUGGCGUUUGAGUCGAGAUUUGAGUGUGGGAACCUGAGGCAGGCGAGGCGAAUAGGCCAAUACGAGUACGAGCUAGUCUUGAAGGCUGACCUAUUUACAGUCAGACACACCCAAUGGUAUUACUUCCGGGUGACAAAUGUCGUCCCGGGAAUCACCUACAAAUUUAGGAUCGUUAAUUUGUUGAAGCGAGACAGUCUUUAUAACCAUGGCAUGCGACCGCUGGUUUAUUCUGAAAAAGAUGCCCAGGAGAAACAAAAAGGAUGGGUCAGGACUGGCCAUCACAUCAGCUAUUCCAGAAAUGUGACCAACCACAGUUGCCCCCUCUUACAGAGAGGAGUUACAUACUUCAUGCUGGAGUGGCAGAUGGAGUUCCCUAACGCUGAUGACACAUACUAUCUGGCACAUUGCUACCCCUACUCAUUCACUGACCUGAAGGAGGACCUAGAGGUUCUACUCAACAGUGAGGAGAGGUCUGCGGUGAUGAAGAGGGAGGUCUUGUGUGAGUCUCGGGCAGGAAACAGCUGCUUUCUACUCACUGUUACUAAUUUUAAUUUGGAGGAAGAAAAGAAAGCCGUGGUUAUCUCAGCUAGAGUCCAUCCAGGGGAGAGCCAAGCCAGCUGGAUGAUGAAAGGACUUAUAGAGUUCAUCUCUGGACCUGACCCUGUGGCUAAGGAACUGAGAGAUAAAUUUAUCUUUAAAAUAAUUCCCAUGACAAACCCCGAUGGGGUGAUUGUAGGAAAUUAUCGUUGCUCGUUAGCCGCCAGAGACUUGAACAGAAAUUACAGACACCCCAGACGGGAAAACUUUCCCACGGUCUGGCACUUGAAGAAACUGGUGGAGGAGCUGUCUAAGACUCAUGAGAUUGCUCUGUACUGUGACCUACACGGACACAGUAGGAAACCCAAUGUCUUCAUGUAUGGGAACAACACAUCUGCUGAUGGGGACAAGACAGCCAUAGGAACAGCCAGGGCUUUCAUAGCUGAGAGAAUGUUCCCCUGGCUCAUGUCUGUUAAGAGCCCAGAAAAAUUCCAUUUCACAUCCUGCAAGUUCAGCAUCAGGAAGUGUAAGGAGUCGACUGGUCGAGUGGUUAUGUGGAGGCAGAUGAAAAUCUUUAACAGUUUUACCUUAGAGGCAACCUUCAGUGGAACACACAUAGACAGGUCGAAUGGUCGCCAUUUUAACAUCCUGGACUUCAUGGAGAUGGGGAAAGUUUUGGCUGAGGUUGUCUUGGAUUAUCAGAAAGUCCAGGAAAAUAAAGAGCUGCACACAGCUACAGUGAGAGACUUGACCAGGGUAGUCACUAGACAAAUCCUGGCAUCUAAAGGUCUCAUUGAGCCAGAAACUUCUUCAACAGAUCAAGUCAAAGAAGAAGAGCGUUUGCUGGGUCAAGCAGGAGAGUCCACAGAAAAAUGGUCCAGUGCCCUGCUGUCUCUGCUCAACACACCCCGGGACACUGGGGACAGCGGCUCAAAUCUGACCGGCGAGGGCAAGCAGACGGAGCAGCUGUACACCAAAGAUGACGUCAUGCACAUGAUGGACAUGAUGUCUGGGGGUCAGAGCAUCGAUGACUGUCUGGGUUUUCUGGCACAGCUGGAUGUUACAGACGCCAUUCAGGAGUCUGAUUACAAAGAAGUAAAAUUUUUCAUCCAUCCUGUCAUUGACAGUUCAAGUGACAGUGACAGCGAGUCUGACGCAGAGAUGAAACCCCCUGACCCCAAGCCUAGGAAAAAGAAGAAAAGAACAAAAAAGCAGAGGGACAAAGAGCUUCUGAGGAAUGGCAUCACAGUUUCAGAGAAGAAAACUUCUGAAGAGAGCAAGGGCAAGUCACUCUCUGCUUUGCCACUUCUAACCCCUGUCACACGGCAUGCUGGGAGCAGCGCUGCUCCUGACAGCACAGACCAUCAUGUGGUACAGCUCCCACAGCAGGCAAACAUCUCAUCAGAGAAACCAAAAGGUCGACAGUUCAGUGGUUUUAUCAGCAAGUAUGAAGGCCGUCACAAUGGUGGGAUGCCAUGUUUUACUGAGGAGAGGUCUCUGGAGAGGGCAGCAAAGAAAAUUGCGGAAAACAGAAAAAAGCUAGAAGAUGGGGAUAAAGACGUUUCAGUAUUGUACGUUGAUGAACAGGGUCUUCAAACAAUCUUUGAAGAAAAUUUAAACCAGCAGCUCAGCAGACUUAACUAUGGCAGACCAAACAGCUCAACUUCUGGGUUUAAUUUCAGGGUGGGCUACACACAUGCAGAUGAACUGCAAGAAAUCAACUCUGGCCAACCAGUAACUGGUGCCAACACAUAUACCUCCAUAGCUCAACCCCUUCCUAGCUACAAUUAUUAUAACGAUCAAAGCUCUGUGGACAGCCAUGACAAUGUAGAUGACAACAAUAACACCACGGAUAAAAGCAUCUUCCCGCUGACCUCUAAACUAAACCCGUAUAACCUCCUAGAGCCGAUAACGCCACGUACGCAACCGACCCCGUCAGUCACCAAGUACUCACAGAACCCCAGGAUGAAAAUAGCAAUAUCACAGGUGACUUCAGUCAACCAGGUGUCAACAUCAGCUUUAAGCUCCCGCACCUGGGGAAGUCACCUAGGGAGGAGCUCACCUCAUUAUUUAACUCCUAUUCCUAGUGCGUCAUUAAGAUCUGACACUGCUAAUGAGAACACAGACAUGAGAAGAGAAAUACAAAUUCCUACACAAACCAGCCAGCAAGUUACCUCCCCUACCCCUAGACCAAGUCAAGCUGAGUCCGGUUCCUAUAGAAACAGUAACAGCCAAUCAGAUUUGAGUAACAACAAUGUAAAUUAUAAACAGCAGAGCAUUGAUCAAAUUAUCAGCCAAUGGAGUUCAAGCUUCAACAACCUUGACCCUACAGUGGAGAAAGAAAAUGCCCAAAAACAUUCACAGCUGAGGUCAUUGUCGCGCAACGCCCCGCCAAUAACACAAAAUUUUUUACCCACACAACUGACUAGGGACAAGCCUCUGUCAGCUAAAGACAGAUCCAAGAGGUUUAUGAUAGAAUAACCUUGUAUCAACUAAAUCCUUGAAAUAUAGAGAGGCUUUAUGUGGUGACAUCUAUCAAGGAGAUGUAGACAAUAUGACCUGCCAUAUAGGUGUCACAACCUGUCAUAUAACUGACAUAUAAAUCCUGCUUU